AUGGAAUUCACCAGCAAUACCGACGAUUACGAGUGCACCGCCAAGUGUAACCAUGGAAACGCGAUCACCGCCGCACUUACCAAGCGCUCCGUGCCGGAUAAGCAGUUGGCGGCGUUCGUUGCGAAAACGUGCCGCAACUUUGCAAACGUUAUCGAUGAGUACGGGCGAUCCGCGCUCCAAAUGGCGGCAUCGGUUGAUCGGGACGUGCUCGUCGAGUGGCUCAUCAAUCAGGGUGCGAACAUCGCGCAGAAGGACACGGAAUCGGGCUACACGGCUCUUCACUGGGCGCUGUACUGCGGAAGCGUAGCGUCAGCCGUACGGCUGGUGAAGCACGGUGCGCCACUCGAUACGCCGAACUACAAUUUCGUGAACCCGUUGCAGCUCUGCAGUAGCGGCAAGCGAUUGCCGGUCUGCGACACCGAGGUCGUGGUGUGGGGAAAGAACAAGAACUACAACCUCGGCAUCGACUCCCUGCGGGACCGCGAGCGGCCCGGUUUCAUAGACUGCUUUCUGGAAGACAACAUUCGGAUCAAACGGGUUGCGAUCAGUGCGUACCACAGUGUGUUUCUGCCGCCCGACUCGAAGGAGGUAUACGUGGUGGGGUACGGCGUCGGCGGACGGCUGGGCAUGGAGGGUGAAUACACGGUCACCCGGCCACAACGGUUGCCGGUCCCUGCAUCCCAGAACACGACGAUCCUGGACGUUAGUGCCGGUAAAUAUCACACCCUUCUGCUGCGCGACGAUAAUCGCAUUUUCGCCUGCGGAGAGAACAAACACUGCCAGCUGGGAAUCAGUCCACCACCGGAGAAGCAGCUCACCUUUCGGGACAUUAGCGAACGUUCGGUCCUAUACAAAAACACGAUCGCACGCGUCAUCGCCAAGGACUACCACUCGAUCGCGGUCGGCAUCCAUGAUGUGUACGUGUGGGGACUGAACGGUGGCCAGUUUGGGUUGGAAUGCGAGGCCCAAGGUGAAGUGUUUGUGCAGCCAAAAGCGUUGGUGCUUCCGGGGAAACGGGAUGCAACGGUCGUCCUGGUGGAGUCCAGCAAUGCUGCCAUCGCAGUGUGGACGUUUCCGCCGUGUCUGUACAUUCUGUCAGACUUUGACGUGAAAGUGUUCAAAAAUCCGCUAGAGGAGCAAAUCAAACAGCUCUCGGUGGCGGGUGGUGAUCUGCAGACCGCGCGCGAGGAUGUCACCCGCCUGACGGGCGAGGUGCGCGUGAUCGUGAUCACCGUUAGGCACCUCAUCUACAUCUGGUACGAAGAUCAGCAGCAGUUUGUGCGCUGUGUGUUCCCUAAGGCGAACCACCUGGAGGUGGAGAACAUGAUGUGGUGCGGGGACAGUGUGCUGGUACUGCUGCUGGGCCAUCUGUACCGUGGCACGCUGACGCACCAAGUGUUGCGCUCGGAACGGUCCCAUCACAGUGACUCGAUGAAGAUGUUCUUCCGACGGAGUGACGUAUGCGAAUCGUUGAAAACCCGCAUCGAGCUGCAACGCAUUCCAAAUCUGACCCAUGUGAGGGAUUUUGUGUGCCAUGAGGGGACCGAAAACUAUGCGGCACUGAUCGAACACUCGCGGCGGACGUUGGAGGUGCCAGAGUGGAAGCCGCGGUGCACCGGAUUCGAAUCACUGCUGGCCGCUGCGUCGCCGGACGAUGCCGUGCACGAUGUGGUGCUGUGCGUCGAGGGAAACCAGUUUGCCGCACACCGGUUCAUUGUGUACCACCGCUGGGAGUUUUUGCGACGGCUGUUGCAAGCGAGCCCCACGUGCCAGGAGUUCGAUCUGAUGCAGUGUGGCAUCGAUGGGCUAACCGUGGACGCAUUUAAGCUAGCCAUGCGCUACAUCUACACCAACCGGUACGUUGGGCGCGAGGACAUUUUACGGCAGCUCAGGAAACCGGGCGAAAAACCGGGCGAUCCGAAACCGGGAGCCAUCGCGGAGCUAUGCAACCAGCUACGUGGGGUCUUUGAACGCUUGGAGCUCAGUCGGUUGGCGGAAAUGCUUGAACGCAUUUACAGUCCAUCCAGCGGUUUGCUAGCGUAUGACCCACCGGAGGAGCCAUUCCCAGCGCUGCCCUUCGAUUCGUACCGAGAGCUGUACGACCUUACGAUCCUGCUACAGGGCGGUGAAACGCUACGGGUACACCGAUGUGUGCUGGUGGCCCGCCUGGAAUACUUCGCAGUGAUGUUCGCCCACAAUUGGGGCGAAAACCGCACGACUGUUGACCUGCACACGAUACCCCACAGCACGAUGAAGCUGAUCGUAACGUUUCUGUAUGACCACGAUCCGUAUCAGUUCGAGGCGAUGGCCGACAUGUCGCUGAAAUAUUUGCUCCCAACUUGUGAUCAGUUCUUUGUGGAAGACUUGAAGCGUUUGCUGGAGACACUCCUGGUCGACAAAGUGAACCUGUACAAUGUGACCUGUAACCUGGAGUUUGCCUGCCAAUUCAAUUGCGAGCUAUUGAAGGGCGCCUGCCUGCAAAUGAUUAGCACGAAUCUCGAUCGGCUGCUCGAGGGCCACCUGCUAGAGAGCCUCGCACCGAACUUGCUGGAGCAGAUCGGCACGUUCUACCGGAAGCACUACAAUUUGGACAGUUACCAAACGAUCACACCGUUCUCGGAUGCGAUCGACGACGAGGAUCUCGACCAGUUAGUACACGAGUUUGACGUCCAGCUAGAGGAAAAGCCAUUGGACGCGAGGGCGGAAAAAGGUCACGUGUCACGAUCGCAGCAGCAAAAGCUCAGCUUGGAGAAGGAAGCGAUACCUAACCUGCAGCCACCCUCGCUGGACCAGCA